AAGGCACCAGCUGAAGCCACUCUUCUUAACUCGCUUCUCUCCCACCAGAUUUCUAUUCGGCAGCCCUCGACAUCUUUUACACACAGAAGCUUUACUUUGUAGCUGCAAAACUACAGAUACCAUGGCUCCAUCAGCAUCCAUAGAUUAUUACGCAGCACUCGGCAUCUCGUUAACUGCAACGCCCCAGGAAAUCCGCGAUGCAUAUAAACGUGCGGCCCUCAAGACUCACCCGGAUCGGGUUUCCCACAACGAUCCUACCCGCGCUGCGCGCACCAAGAAGUUCCAGCAAGUCAACGACGCCUACUACGUCCUCUCCGACCCUGUGCGGCGCCGCGACUAUGACGCAACCAGGCAAUACUCUUCGCCUUCGGGCAGCAGCUGGCAGGACGCUCAGUUCGGCGAUGCCUUCGAGGAGAUGAUGCGCGAGGAGGGACUGGAGGAGGACGAACCGCCGGCACAAAACGCGGGCGGCAGCGUCUGGAGCCUUCUGGGUGGACUUUCGGGGGCUACCAUCGGCUUCAUUGUCGGCAACAUUCCCGGACUCCUUGCGGGUGCUGUCGCUGGAAACCGCUUGGGCGCCAUCCGCGACCGCAAGGGACAGAGCGUCUACCAGGUGUUCCAGGAGCUCCCACAGAAUGACAAGGCAAAGCUUCUCUCGGAUCUGGCUGCCAAGGUGCUUGCACAUGCCGUCAGUUAGGCACUUCCUCCCGAGUACGAGGCGAUCAUACACGAAACGGCAGCUGUAGGGACCGAGGCUAUGAGGGGUCAGGAGCGAUAAGGUACGAUUACGACUGGUUUGUGUAAUCGUUGAAGGGACUGGGACACAGUGGAAAUGGCGUUGCGCGCUCUUGCUUUCUCUUUUCUUUCCGGCUGUCUUUCUUCUGUGAUUUUACCUAUUUUCUUACCAGAAUAUGAACCAUCUUAUGUCCUCCAUCCUGUUGAUGGGAGGAUGUGAUGUUUACGGUACGUGUCAAAUAUAAGAGCGAAUGAAUAACUGUUCUUAAAUGCUGU